AUGUCUCGCAGGGAGUCUCCACCGCCGCCGUCGCCACCUCCAACCCCGCAGCUGAUCGGAGUGAGGAGAGCGGAGGUGGAGUGUGACGAUCGUCCGGAGCGGGCCGAGCCGCUGUCCGAUGCCGAGAGAGAGAUCAUCCAGGACACGUGGGGGCACGUCUACAAGAACUGUGAGGACGUGGGGGUGUCCGUGCUCAUAAGGUUCUUUGUGAACUUCCCGUCAGCCAAACAGUACUUCAGCCAGUUCCAGGACAUGGAGGAUCCCGAGGAGAUGGAGCGAAGUAGCCAACUUCGGCACCAUGCCCGCAGGGUAAUGAACGCCAUCAAUACUGUGGUGGAGAACCUCCAUGACCCAGAGAAAGUGUCGUCAGUACUGGCCUUGGUGGGAAAGGCCCAUGCUAUCAAACACAAAGUGGAACCCAUGUACUUCAAGAUCCUGAGCGGCGUGAUGCUGGAGGUAUUGUCUGAAGAUUUUCCAGAAUUCUUCACGGCGGAGGUGCAGUUGGUCUGGACCAAAUUAAUGGGAGCGGUGUACUGGCAUGUGACCGGGGCCUACACAGAGGCAGGCUGGCUCCAGGUCUCCAGCUCAGCGGUGUAA